UUCAGCGAUGUCACACUAGUAAUGAAAGGAUUGAAAGGCAAAGAACAAUUAGUAGAAGAGAAAGAAAUCGGCAGAGAAUGAAAGAAAAAAGAAGAGAGAUAGACAUAAGAAGAGAAUUGAGUGAACCUGAUUAUUAAAGGAAUAAUGGCAGUGUCUCCAGAACGUAUCCAGCAACAGUUAGAAGAAGUAGAAGCUGCAGCAGAGGAUGUCAUAUCAGACCGACAGGAAAUUGUUACGCUUGAUCGUCGACGUAAUACUAACCGUGAAGCUCUGCGACAAUUGAAGACCAACAAAUUAGCCAGUCAGUCCACAGGCAACAAGAGUUGGAUUUGUGUUGGGAAUAUGUUUUUGAAGCUCCCAAACACAGUUGUUGUAGACUGCAUUGAAAAAGAACAAAAGCAGUUGGAUACCGAAAUCAACAAUCUUCGCAAUGGUCUGAGAAGUAAAGUGAACCACUUAAAUGACUUAGAGGCAAAGCAGCAAACAGUUGGAACGAACCUCAAGCCCUUAUCGCAAGAUGAAUGGAAAGCCGUAAAACAAGUUCUCGGUAGAUAAAAGUAGAUGGUACAGUUCAGUGCAAGGAGAAAUUCUCUUUCAGCUUGUUUUUAAACUGAAAUUGUCAGUUUACAGGAAGUAUUUCAAGUGAAUGAAUGUAAUUGUUACUUUUUGAUGGAAAGUCCUUUGUAACUGUGCUCUAAAUGUCUAAUGUAAUACCAGAUGUGAUGUAAUGUUAUAUAGAACUUAUAAAAUGUAGGGGGAGAAACUGUAGAAGCUCAAAAAUCAAGUUCUAAGGGUAAAAGUAGAUAUUUUUAAACUCCUUCUCAAAGAAGUUUUAUAUGACAUUGUUUCCAUGUAAAACUAAUUAAAAAUCACAUGGAAAAUAAAAUGUGUUAUAAAUGCCCAGCAUCAAAUAUAGAAAAAACAAAAAAAUUUUGCUGUUAGUACUUACACCAUCAUUAUUCAGCUCUGGCAAACAAAUAUAUCUAUAAAAUAAUUGAAUUAUUAUUAUUGCUCUUAUAUAUCUAUUUAUCAGUAGCACAUUCAUUGUCAUUAUUUUUUACUAUAAUUUUAAUUGUUUAAAUGAAAGUGUUAGUGAAUUGCUAUUAUUGCAUUUAAUCUAUUUUGCAAUAAGAAUAUAUUUUCCCUUCCAAUUUAUUUUUGUAGUCAUAGCACAAGUAUCUUAAACAUAGUAUUAUAGUCAUUAAUAGAUUGCAAAAUAAAAUCCCGUCUGAAAAAAUACAUCAAUUUCAAAACUGUUUAGAUUAAUUUUUUAUGUAGUGGAGAAAUGCAACCAAAAGCCAGUGUUGUAUAUUGCCACAUAAUGAUAGAUGUUACUCGCAUCCCCAAUUAUGGAAGAGCAUCAGAAGUUCUCGGAGCUUUACAAUGUUUGGUGGAGAAUUUGUGAAAUGGAAAACUGUGUGUAUCAGGUGCCAUUUCUAGUCGCCCUAAUAAUUUCUUCUGAUGUAUAUUUUUUUUAUGAAUAUAAUCAGACACCUAUUUUAUGGUUUAAUAUUGUAUGACCUCA